CAACCCACUUCCGCCUGAAGUAAAAGUCCAACUACGCGCCUCUGACGCUAGAACCUUGGUUGAAGUUUAAUCUGUUAAAUUAAUCAACAUGGAAUUGAACGAAGAACAGCUGAAAGACGCAGAGACCAAACUAAAAACAUAUUUACCUCGCUCAUUAACAGCUUACGGUACCUUGGUCCUCAUGAACCGAGCCAAACCGGAUCCCAUGAAGGUUUUUGUGGACACAUGGCCAGAUUUCCACGUAGUCGUUUGCAGACCUGAACGUGAACAGAAAGGUGACUCCUUUAAGGACAUCAUAGUUUUUGCCACUGAUGAAACUAUCCUGAAGGAAACCAUUAGGAAUCCCUGUGUUAUUGACUGGAGCGCUUACCUGUGUGUAGGUGUUGAACUCCAACACAGUGAGACAUUCAGAGCAGUGGCAUCAGAAAAAAACAUUUGCAGCAGCCAACUGGCAUUCUGUCACAUGAUGAUCCUGAAUGAUGUGUCUGGUCUUCCCACUACAGACAGCUCAGUGGUCUCAUUAAGCUCUCUGGAUGAAUCCCACAUUGGACUGAUGAAUCAGACAUGGAAGUUUGGAAAUGACGAUGCUGUUCCAAUGAUCCGGAACAUGAUUAAAAACUUCCCCUCCUGCUGUGUACUGGAUGCAGAUGGAAAGCCUGUGUCGUGGGUGCUAACGUAUGCUUCAUGUGCCAUAGGGAUGUUGUACACUCUGCCAGAGCACAGAGGAAAAGGAUAUGCCAAAGUGUUGAUCAGCACCAUGGCCAACAGACUCCAUGCUCAGGGCCUCCCAGUGUACUGCUUUAUUGAGAAGGAGAACACAGUGUCCUAUAACCUGUUUAAGAGCCUAGGAUUUACUGAAGACCCUUCAUACAAGGGGACCUGGUUUCACUUCAACUAUGAGAAAUAGUGAUUAAAUGCUGACAGUAAUGAUAAG